ACAGCGGACUGUUUUAAUUCUUCGCUUUGUUGUUUCGUGUGCACGAGUCAACACCACAGCUGGACAGGAGCAUUUCACAACUGUGACCCACACAAAAUGACCGGAUGACAAUCUCUGUCCAACUAACCGGUGCGGUGCCUGAAGUGAAUGAACAGAGAAAGGAUGAAGCGGCGUCAUGCGGACAACAGCAAACUCAGACGGCCGUCAAAACGGAACCGACUCAGCGAGGGUGUAUAUAGCAGUACAUUUUUGUAUCUGAAGUUCCUGGCAGUAUGGAUGGUGGUUCUCUUGGCAGACUUCUUGCUGGAGUUCAGAUUUGAGUAUCUGUGGCCCUUCUGGCUUUUUAUUUGGAGCGUCUAUGAUUCCUUCAGAUAUCAGGGACUGGCCUUCUCAGUGUUUUUUGUAUGUGUGGCAUUUACGUCUGACAUCAGCUGCCUCCUCUUCAUCCCUGUCCAGUGGCUCUUUUUUGCAGCCAGCACCUAUGUUUGGGUCCAAUAUGUCUGGCACACAGAACGAGGCGUUUGUUUGCCGACUUUAUCACUGUGGGUUCUGUUUGUCUACACUGAAGCUUCUAUCCGCUUCAGAGACAUGAAAAACUUUCAUGUUGACUUGUGUCGGCCUUUUGCGGCGCAUUGUAUCGGAUACCCCGUGGUGACUCUGGGCUUUGGCUUUAAGAGCUAUGUGAGCUACAGAAUGAGACUGAUGAAACAAAAGGAUGUGCAAAAGGACAAUGAGUUCUACACAGAGUUGCUGCAGCAGGCACUUCCCCUUGAGCAAAAGAUGCGGCAGACACAGGAAUGUGAGGCUGAAGAAGCUAUAGACGCUGCUGAGAUUGAAGCUGUUCCAGUUAUAGAAAAUGGGGGACAUUCCGUCAAGAAAAGCAAGCCAGUGGUGCUUUCAGAACUGGACAUUAAGGACAAAGGAAAGGACUGCAAUGCUGAGGAGGGCGAAAAACAGAACUCUAUUGGACUCAAUAACAACAAUGUUCACACACUGGACUGCCAACUACUGGACAUUGACUAUAUAAAGACCUACAUAAAGGGAAAGGGCAUUAAUAAUAAUCUCACAGGAGAAAACGUCAACGCAAAUGUAAAACCUAAGGAUGAUGUGAGGACCACAGGGAAAAUGUGUAAAACUAGCUCAGGCGUAGAAGGAAACCUGUCUGGUUCACCUCCACGGAGUAACAGCUCCUGUAACGGGAGCGUCCCAUCAGGAUCUACCACCAGUAAAAGUGAGAGGAAAAAUAAGGGGGUUGGGAAGAGCCAAAAAGAUCCAUCUGAGAACUGCAUACCUUACAACCAGCUGGGGAAACCUGACGUUGUUGUACGGCUGGAGCAGGACAUGAAGCGCCUGAAGGCCGAUCUUCACACCAACAGGCAACUUGAGUUGGAACUGAGAGCUCAGCUUUCCUCACUGAGAAGCCAAGAAGGACUCCUUCGGUCAGAACUGGGGCAUCUCCAGCAGGAGAAUGAGCUGCUACAGAACAAGCUCCACAGUGCAGUCCAAGCCAAGCAGAAAGAUAAACAGGCUGUCUCUCUGCUGGAGAGGAGGCUAAAGGGGGAGCAGGAGGCCCGCGCUGUGGCUGAAAAGCAGCUUGCAGAUGAACGAAAACGGAAAAAAAUUGAGGAGGCCAAUGCUGCCAAAGCUGCUGCCACGAGGGUGGAGUCCACUGAUUCCAUGCGUGCUCAAAUGAGAGAUCUGGAGACAGAAUUGAAGAAGCUUGAAGAUGACCUGAAACUGAAGGAUAAGCAGAUUCGUGAUCUGAUGGGCAAAUGUCAGGAUCUCCAGAAAUACAAAGAGAAUGAGAAGGAAACUGAAGUGCUGAUGUCAGCACUGUCAGCCAUGCAGGAGAAGACCCACCACUUGGAGAACAGCUUAAGCGCUGAGACCAGGAUCAAACUGGACCUUUUCUCUGCACUAGGUGAUGCCAAAAGACAGCUGGAGAUAGUCCAAGGUCAGAUCCAUCAGAGGGAACUGGAGAUCACAGAGCUGAAACAGAAGAUAGCUGAGGUGAUGGCCGUGAUGCCCAGUCUGUCUUACUCCUCAGAUGGCCGCAACAGAGGUCCGGUCUCUCCUCAUUACUCCUCCAAGUUCAUGGACAACAGCUCUGCCUCUCUGGAUCCCAAUGCCUCACUCUACCACCCCCUGAACAACUGACUGAUUUGGUUUGUCAGUUCACAACUUCUAAACUCCAUGAGCCACUGUUGCGGUGCUCCUGGUAAUACCAUCACCCUCUACUGAGAUCUAAGGUGCUAUACUCCAUUGGAUUUUUGUCUGAGACGUUCAAUGGGCUUUUUCCCACAUGGAAGGUGUUAACAGUUUUUGGGCCAUCACUUGUUUGAUUUAUCUUUUGGCUUCUCUCUCUUGAUAUCUCUCUGAAAUGUUGAAACUGUGAACCGUUUUGGUUAAAUUUUUAAUGUUGCCAAGACUCAUCUGUGUCUCGGAAAGUCGUUACCACAGCUGACUAUUGUUUACUGUGCCUUACAGUUCAGCCAACUGAAUAUCCUGGUUUACAUUCAGCAGUUGCGAUGUGAAAACAGCCAUGGAAAUGGCUCUCAGAUGGAUUUGCCGCAAUUACUUCUACAUGUUACCUCUGAAUACUCUUCAAGUGUCGGCCCACACUUCGACAUAUCUGGAUGGUGUUAUGUUUACAGUGUUUAAUACAAAUCACUUUUAAUUGGAGUCUGAAUGUUUGGAAAUGUUGCUGUCGUGAUCAGGUGGUGAUGUGGCCUUUGUUUUCUUGUCACUCAAAAGACCUCAUGAUGUUGUUUGAACCUCGUUCAGGUUUGAAGUGCUUUUUAUAGAAGUCAUCUUGGAUUCAAUGUGUUUACUUUUUGAAGGAUGUCACUAUUAAAAUCUGAUUUUUCUCCUUCCAAAUAUGAGAAAUUAUUGCUGUCCAUUAACAGUGUUUCCAAACGUGCAACAAAAGUGAGUACACCAUUUGCAUUUGUCCUAAAGCUUAAGUAUGUCUGGGACAACACUGAAGACAUUUCACAAUCAUUUUCAUAAGAUGAACUUCUUUGGUUCAAAUGGUGUCAUGCUUGUGUGGCAGCAACCAGGUGUAAAGUAUAGAUGGUUUAGAUUAAAUGUAUAAUUAAAUGCGAGUAAUAAUGUGACAUUAAAGUUAGAACAGAUAUAAAUGCAUUUUGAACUCGAGUAAAAAGUAUUUUUUUAUUAUUAUUAAUGAAUACAGUGGGACUUUGUAGCGUGCAUGGCGUUUCAGUAGAAGCUUAACUGUAACCGUUAAGAAGCUGAACUACA